AUGGAUAUGGUUUUUAAGAUUGUUUUAAUUUUUUCGGUUUUAUACAAAAAUAUUCCUGUAACAAAUAGCAAACAAUGGGGAACCAAUUCCACAAUCGAAAUAAGCAUUCGUGAUAUGAAAGAAUCAUUACAUUUAACACAAUGUGAUUGUGGGCUUCCACCAAUAAUAAGGGUCUCAAGAGGUGGUGGAUUUAGUCCUCGUGGAAAUAGUAUUUUUAAUGGUGGAAGACGUUCAUCAAUGCGACAGAAAUCAGAUAAAGCAUCUUCAGCACCACCAAAAGAAACACCUGGUGCUUCGGGUGGUGGAAAAGGAUACGGAGGAGGGAAAGAUAGUGAUAAAGACGAAGGUGGUUUUAGAAAAGGUUCUGGGACUUUAAGAAAAACUAAUAAAAGUAUAACAAAAGAAGAUACCUCAGAAGAAGAUGGAGAAAGAGACGAAAUGCACUCUGUCGGAAGAGCUUUGGAUGAUGUAGAUGACAACAUUCUAUUCUCUAUUAAUCAAAUUAAUUUACAAACUGAAGAUAUCAAUAACGAUAACGAAAACAAUCAUGGUCAAUAACGUUUCACAUUUCUAUCCCCAAUUCAUUUUGUUUACACAAAUGGAUAGACUCAAAUGGGAAAAAAUGGGUUGGUGAGCUUUAGUGUUGUA